CAAGAAAGCCGCACCCGGAAGCGAAAAGCAGCUCGUCCGGAGUGCAGGCGGGAGAAGGGGGAGGAAUGACUUCCGGUUGUCGGAAGUCGCUCCUCCCGCUUCCUUCGUUUUCUCUCUCUGCGGUUGGUUCUUGGAACUCAGGCCCCGCCUCCUUCGCCACGCCCCUCACUAGUGCUUUUCCCGCCUCCGCCUCCGCCGGGGCAGAGCGGCGGUCCUGGUGACAGUUGAGGAUGGCUGGUGCUGAGGGGCAUGCUGGGCGGCAGUCGGAGCUGGAGCCCGUGGUGUCGUUGGUCGACGUACUUGAGGAGGACGAAGAGUUGGAGAACGAGGCGUGCGCAGUCCUGGGCGGCAGCGACGCGGAGAAGUGCUCCUACUCGCAGGGCUCAGUAAAGAGACAAGCACUGUACGCCUGUAGCACCUGCACUCCAGAGGGCGAAGAGCCAGCAGGAAUUUGUCUGGCCUGCAGUUAUGAAUGUCAUGGAAGCCAUAAAUUAUUUGAGCUCUACACAAAAAGAAAUUUUCGUUGUGAUUGUGGAAACAGCAAGUUUAAAAAUUUGGAAUGCAAAUUAUUUCCUGACAAAGCAAAGGUAAACUCUGGUAAUAAGUAUAAUGACAACUUUUUUGGAUUGUACUGCAUUUGCAAGCGACCUUAUCCUGACCCUGAGGAUGAGGUUCCAGAUGAGAUGAUCCAGUGUGUAGUCUGUGAAGACUGGUUCCAUGGACGACAUCUUGGCGCCAUUCCCCCUGAGAGUGGGGACUUCCAAGAGAUGGUGUGCCAGGCUUGUAUGAAGCGUUGUUCUUUCUUAUGGGCUUAUGCUGCGCAGUUGGCAGUGAGCAAAAUAUCUGCUGAGGAUGAUGGAUUAGUGCUGAAUGUUGACGGAAUAGAUGAUCAGGAAGUUGUCCAGCCUGAAAACGGAGAACAAGAUAAUACAUUCCGAGAGGAUGUUCCAGAACAGGGAAAAGAUACUGACAAGGAAGAGAAAACAGAGCAAAAUAGCGAACCAUGUACCAGCUCUAGUUCUGAAUCCGAUCUCCAGACGGUGCUUAAGAAUCAAAACUUCAACACAGAAUCACAAUCUGGCUGCAAACUUCAGGAGCUCAAAGCCAAGCAUUUUGUGAAGAAAGACACUGCCACCUACUGGCCCUUGGACUGGCGUGGCAAGUUAUGCACCUGCCAAGGCUGCAUGAAAAUGUAUGGCGAUCUAGAUGUCCUGUUCCUGACAGAUGAAUAUGACACGGUUCUGGCUUACGAGAACAAAGGCAAGAUUGACCAGGCAACCGAGAGGAGGGACCCUUUAAUGGAUACCCUUAACAGCAUGAAUAGAGUCCAGCAAGUGGAGCUCAUUUGUGAAUACAAUGACUUGAAGAGCGAACUGAAAGACUAUCUGAAGAGAUUUGCUGAUGAAGGCACGAUUGUCAAGAGAGAGGACAUUCAGCAGUUCUUUGAAGAAUUUCAGUCAAAAAAGAGAAGAAGAGUAGAUGGGAUGCAGUAUUACUGCAGCUAGAGUGAAGUAUGGAGCUCCCUCAUUCAAACCAGUGAAAUGCCACUUACUGUUCCAGGAAUAAAAGGGGCGCUUCUCACACUUGGCCCCCUGCCCUCCUCUGCGAGAGGCCCCCUCCUGCUCCAGCCUCUUUCCUUCUCCUUCACUUCAGUGGCCAGAGUGGGUGUGCUGAUCUCACAGCCAGCGUCCUUCUUUAACUCCACUAAAUGCAGCUCAUUCCCCAGACUAGCUCUCCACCCCCCGGAUACCCAGGGUUUUCUGCUUCUAAGUUUUAAGAAGUUUGAUUCAGUUUUGAGAAAGAAAAUUGAUUUCUUUUAAAAGGAUUUGUUCCUUAACUUCCGAAUGUUGGUCUUUCACCGCAGAGCUGAUGCCUUCCAGCCCCUCUGCAAGCAUCGCAGAAGGCUCGCUUCCUGUCACCCUGAGCCUUUUCUGGUCCCCACCCCGUGAUCGUGGUGCCUUGGGUCACAGCUUCCUCGGCCUGGCCUGCCCUUCUCCAACCUCCCUGCUGUCUGAGGUUUGGUCAUGGCUUCCAGGGCUCUAGGAACUUAAAGCCUAGACUGCUUUACGUCCUGGAGGUCUGUCGCAGGCAGGGAGAUUGAUGAUGGGGUUGAGGAAGCAAAUCUUUGUUACAAAUUUUACUAGUAAAAUGAAGUUUUCACUCACAAUUCUACUGGCACUCAAGUGUUUAGUACUGUAGUGCUCACAGGGCUUCCUGGGAAAAGUCUGCCAGUACUCGCCCCUUUUUGCUGCCUAGAAAAUGACCGGGUAUGACCCCUGUGAAAUCUUGGUGGUUUACAAAGUCCUCUGGAUUUCCUCAUAUUAUCAGGGAUAUUCAUAAGCAUAUAUUUAAAAUGGACCUAUUUUGAUACUGUUCUGUUAUGAAAGUGUUGUUAGAACCCCAGUAAGUUAUUAUCUUUCCCCUUGAAUCUGCUGAAGACACACAGUUCCUGACUUAGCUACUUGUAGUGAGCAGGGACAGAGACUUCCCUGCUUGGAAGAGACUGUGGGAAAUUCCAAACAAGGCCCUGGGCUGCACGAAUGACAAGUUUGUGUACAUAAAUGUAAUGUCCAUAGCCACUUCCCGAUGACUGAGAUCUUCCUCUGAAGAUCCUCAUGGAAUGUUGUAUAAAACCCUGUUGUUGAGGGGAAGUCCUUUCACUUGGUAGGAAAUCUCUAAAGCCCUUCAGUCUGCCUGAAAAACACUUCUGGGAACCCAGACUUUCCUGACGAUAGGUGACACUCUGAGGCAUCUUAGCAAAAGCAUUAAGGGCUUUGGGGCCACGUGUCUGUUUAUGUUCCCUGGUGUCCCGCGCAGCUGUGCAGGACUGCCUACUAAUCUCUAGACAAGAUCAGUGAGAUCUCUGACAAGUCAAGGCCUCAGAGAAAUGGUCCAAGUCCUGCUUGCUGGUGUUUGGGCUCCUAAUUACAGGUGCUCCUGAAGACCAAUGUGUGGGGCCAGAAGGUCUGGUUGUGGGAGACGUUUGUGUGCCCCGAGCCGGCCUUGGGGAGAGGGCUCAGUUAAAAAGCUCAGGGUGUCUGCAACAAGUCUUCCAGAUGUCUGAGGAUGCACUGAGCUCCUCCCGCCCAGUUGGGCACUCGCGCACCAUCCCCUUCUGAGUUUGUAUCUUCCCUGGCAUCUGACUUAACUCAGAAAGUUCCUCACUUCUUGGACAGUUCAGGACUAGGUCUCUGGGGCAGCAGCACAGAGCAGCACAAUUGUACAGCUCCCCCCCGGUGCUGAAGGGCUUGUUUCUGAAAGUACUGCUCCUUCUUUUACAUUAACCAGAAAACCUCUUUUUUUUAACCUGUUCACAACUAGUUUUCUUAUUGACUACAUAUAGGACUGUCUCUUCUUGUAGAGACUGAUUUUGGCCAACAUGU